UAAUUUCAUAUAAUAGAAUAAAAUUUACAUAACAAUAAUUUAUAAAUAUUUUUGUAUAAUUAAGCAAUGGGUUCGUUAACGAGUCGACAAAAUGCUGGUGUAGAAGAAGUUGAUAUUGUUUCAAAUCAUGCAUAUAAAUAUCCUCCUCGUUCAGGAAGUUAUUUUGGUAGUCAUUUCAUAAUGGGUGGUGAACGAUUUGAUACACCUCAACCAGAAGCAUAUCUCUUUGGAGAAAAUGCUGAUUUGAAUUUUUUAGGAAGUCGUCCAACACCUUUUCCAUAUCCUCCACCGCAAGCUAAUGAUCCUACUAAAACAUUAAAAAGUUUAGUAAAUAUAAGAAGGGAAUCAUUAAGAUUAAUUCGUAAUAUUGAUCAAACUUCUACUUCUCCUCAAUGUCACAAUGUAAAACAUUAUGGAGAUGGAGAUAUAGAUAAGAAAUCAAAUCGUUAUAAUAUUGAAUUUACAUUUGAUUGCGAUGUAAGAUGUGCAAUUACAAUAUAUUAUUUUUGCACUGAAGAAAUCACAACAAAAGGAGUUACAUACAUACCAAGGGAUCCCUCUAUGAAUUCUGAAACAUAUUAUUAUAAGAAAGGUGCCAAUCAAUUAUUUUCUCAAACAUCGCAUAUGUUUGAUCCAACAAUAUAUAACAAAGAAGAUUUAUUGUACAAUAUUGACAGGGAAAUAAUACCAAUAGCAAUUCAUUGUAUAGCAGAGGAAGGUUCAGAUGAACCAAAACAAUCUCAUACAACUAUUGCAGUUGUUGAAAAACAUUCAGAUGGAACAUAUGUAUUAAAAGCUCUUAAACAAAAACUCUAUGUUGAUGGUCUUUGUUAUUUACUUCAAGAAAUAUAUGGAAUUGAAAAUAAAAAUACUGAAAAUGCAAAGCAACAAGGAAGUGAUGAGGAUACAGAUGAUAAUGGAUCAGAAUGUGUUAUUUGUAUGUGUGAUGUUCGAGAUACUUUAAUAUUACCAUGUAGACAUUUAUGUCUAUGUAAUAGUUGUGCAGAUUCUCUUCGAUAUCAAGCAAAUAAUUGUCCAAUAUGUCGAGCUCCUUUCAGAGCUCUUCUUCAAAUUAAAGCUCUUCAAAAAGCAACUGGAGCUAUUAUAUCAAAUCCACCAUUACCAGAGGGAAGUUGUGAAAAUAUACCAGCUGGAUAUGAAGCUGUAUCAUUGAUAGAAGCUUUAAAUGGUCCAUACAUUCCAAGAACAACUACUGUUCUUGUUCCAGAAUCUCCAGACACUCCUGAUACAGACACGGCUAGUGCAAUUCAAGCAGCUGAAACAUUAAAUAGGUCAGUAGAACGUACACCUGUCAUAUCAAAACAUGUAUCUUCAAAAGAAGCAGAUAUAUCUGCAAGAACUAGUGGUACUGCAUGUCCUACUCCAGAGUUUCGAAUGUCUAUUUUAUUAGCUAGAGAUGAACACUCAGGAUCACAAAAGGAUAUACACAGUCGAUCUCCAGCAAUGAGAAUAAAAUCUUCUGGUCACUUACGGGAAAAAAUAGUACUACGAUCACGAGACACUCUUAGACUUGUUAAUGAAAAACAACCAGUAUCUCUUUAUGAGGGACAAGGACAAGAUGAAGAUAGUGAAGCAGAAAAAUUGUCUCCAUUAUUAGAUGCAGCAACUAGUACAGAAGCACUUGAUAAUAAUAGUCACGGAAUAUGUGAUAUAGAUAUUGAUGAUGAAAUGCAAAAUACAGAAAAUGAAAAUGAUGUUGAUAUUACAUGUCAUUCACAUUAAAUAUCCAUUAAAAUAUUUAAUGUAUAUUUAUUAUAUUUAAUUUAAUUAUUUUUUAUAAUAUAAAAUAUUUAGUUUGUUUAUAAAUUUUUUUUAAAAUUCUGAAUAUAAAUUGUAAAUAAGAUAUUAUAUAUGUAAAUUGUAAAUUAUAAGAAUUUUUUUUAAAUUAU